GGGAGCUGCAGGAAACAUUUGUGUGGUUUAAAUCCAAGCCAGAGUCUCUUGCGAAAGUAACGUGUGCACAUCUACAAACGCAGGAGAAGGAUUCAAAGAUUAAACAGCAGCAUGGUCAGCCGAGUGGAACAUCCCGCUGCAGGCUACAGGAAGAUCUUUGAGACGGUGGAGGAACUAAAUGAACCCAUACCUGCAGAAAUCACUGGUGUGAUCCCAUCGUGGCUUAGUGGAAGUCUGCUCAGGAUGGGUCCUGGUCUUUUCGAGGUGGGGGACGAACCUUUCCACCAUUUGUUUGACGGACAAGCUCUCAUGCACAAGUUUGACCUGAAGGGCGAUCAGGUGACAUACUUCAGGAAGUUUAUCAAGACGGAUGCAUAUGUCCGUGCCAUGACUGAAAACCGAGUUGUCAUCACUGAGUUUGGCACCGUUGCCUAUCCAGACCCCUGCAAAAACGUCUUCUCCAGGUUCUUUACCUACUUUAGAGGCAUUGAAGUGACCGACAACUGUUUAGUAAACGUCUACCCAAUCGGUGAAGAUUUUUACGCCGUCACUGAGACCAACUACAUCACCAAAGUGGAUCCAGAUUCGCUAGAGACGUUGAAGAAGGUGGACCUGUGUAAAUACCUAUCAAUUAAUGGGGUCACAGCCCACCCCCAUACUGAAGCAGACGGUACAGUCUACAACAUUGGAAACUGCUUUGGCAAGAACAUGAGUCUGGCUUACAACGUCAUCAAGAUCCCACCUGCACAGAAAGAUAAAUCAGACCCCAUAGAGAAAUCCCAGGUUGUGGUUCAGCUGCCCAGCAGUGAGAGGUUAAAGCCCUCCUACAUUCACAGCUUCGGCAUCACCGAGAACUACUUUGUGUUUGUGGAGCAGCCGGUGAAGAUCAACCUACUUAAGUUCCUGUCAGCUUGGAGCGUGAGAGGAGCCACAUACAUGGACUGCUUUGAAUCCAAUGAAAGCAUGGGGACAUGGUUCCACUUGGCCACUAAGGAACCUGCAGGUUAUAUGAAAAGCCACAAAUACAGAACGUCCGCUUUUAACCUCUUUCACCACAUCAACGCCUAUGAAGACCAGGGAUUCAUUGUGGUCGACCUCUGCACGUGGAAAGGGCAUGACUUUGUGUACAACUACCUCUACCUGGCCAACCUGAGGGAGGAGUGGGAGGAGGUGAAGAAAGCAGCAAUGAGAGCUCCUCAGCCUGAGGUCAGACGAUACGUGCUGCCGUUGGAUAUUCACAGGGAAGAACAGGGGAGGAACCUUGUGUCUUUGUCCUACACAACAGCAACUGCUGUUCUUCACAGCGAUGGUACCGUUUGGCUUGAACCUGAAGUUCUAUUCUCUGGACCAAGACAGGCCUUCGAGUUUCCGCAGAUCAACUACUCCAUGUGUUGUGGAAGGAAGUAUUCAUUCGCCUAUGGUCUCGGCCUCAACCACUUCAUCCCUGACAGGAUUGUCAAGCUGAACGUGCAGACCAAAGAGACGUGGCUGUGGCAGGAGGAAGACUGUUACCCAUCGGAGCCGCUGUUUGUCCCCACACCUGGAGCCACGGAGGAGGAUGAUGGCGUGUUGCUGAGUAUCGUGGUGAAGCCGGGUGCCGAAAGACCAGGAUUCCUGCUGGUUCUGGACGCCAUGAAGCUUACAGAGCUCGCCAGGGCUGAGGUCAACACCGUCAUCCCUGUCACUCUCCACGGGAUGUACAAACCGCCUCCUUCACCUUAAACACACCGGUCUGUCCCUGUUUUCUGCCUGUUGAGUCCAUAAUGCAUUCAGACCCGUUUUUAAAACAAGGACCACUGUGGUUAAUACUAGGGGUUCUAAGUGCCACCAUAAUAACAUGGAUUUUAAAACAGCAGAACAGCAGGACUUGGACUUUAUCAGUUUGUUGUCUUACGUGACUUAAAAACAAAGGAAAACAAAUGGUUUUGCAGGUUAAGAGAUGCAAUUAUAGACAUUGUCUUUUGAUUUUUUGUUUCAGUUUUAUUCUUGUAUUUCUGCUUGUGUUUAGGUUUGUAGUGAUUAGAAGUGUUUAUAUAUUAGUCAUUCUCGCAAUACGGCUUUUACUCACUGAGUUAAUUAGACUCACCAGUUUCUCACUUCAGCAAUCGUUGCUCCUUGGUAUUUGAUCUAUAGUCACUUCUCACUGGUUUUCCAGUUACGGUCUUUGUUGCGCUUCAUAUGGUCAUGUUGCUCCCUGUGCUUCUCUUUCCCGUGUUUUUAAUCAUACGUUUCAGUUCUUUAAGUUUGUGUUUCUAAACCCACAGCUACUUGGUUCUGCCCACCUCCUCCCUGCGUUAAGACCUUCCAAUCCACAAAUCACAACUGUUCCAUUUUUACUCAGAAGGUCAAAUCUCCACAUUUUAGUUGGGUUAUAUAAUUAAAUCAUAUACAGUUGUAUACUUUCUCCUCCAUUGAACAUGCUUGUUAUGGCCUGUCCAGGGUGACCAGGGCCCAAUGUGAAGUUGGUCCAUCCUUGUCAGACCUCAUGCAGCCACAACAGUCGUAUAAUUUUUAAAGGAUUUAUUUACAAAAUGUUCUCUUCUUUUCAGAUUUUAACGCUGAAAACAAGCUGUGUGGAACUUCAAGGUGGAUUUACAGGGGUUGGACAAUGAAACUGAAACACCUGUCAUUUUAGUGUGGGAGGUUUCAUGGCUAAAUUGGACCAGCCUGGUAGCCAGUCUUCAUUGAUGGCACAUUGGACCAGUAAGAGCAGAGU